UGCAAUAUUAAAGAUGUCAGGGAAAGCAAUUUGAAGAAUGAUCAGCACACAUUCGUAAAUUGUGCAAUUGCGAACUAUUAUAAAUCAAAGUACAAUUGCUGUUAUAGCAGUACAGUGUAGGAUCGCGCGCGAUUUGCAUCUGACUUAAAGUUUUUUAACUGAACUUUCGUUAUUCAUUGACCAAUAUGAUCACCCAACAUCAAUUUUUAUUAUUAAUUCAUAUUCUGUGCUGUGCUGCGACAAUUCAUAACAUUUUAUUGGAUGCAAACGACGCCGAAACUUGCAAUUUGCUAUGUGUACAAUGUAACGCUUCCGCGGUAUUUGAGGACGGCCAUUGUGAAUGCAAUUUUGCUGACGACAGUGACAAAGUUUCGGGUGAAGAAUGCGUACAAAGCAUACAAAGAGAAAUUCAAGCUAUCGAAAUGAAUAUGCUUUCCGAAGAUCUGACAGACGAGGAACGAAACGCACGUUCUAUUUUAAAAUACAGGCGUCGUCUUAAACCAGGAGAUGCCGAGAAAGUGGCACAGUAUUUUAUCAAUGGAGGACCAGAAGCUGGUCACUCCCAUUUUGUCAGGGCGUUCAAUGAAGCUCGCGAUAGCGCCGAAUCUGCGACAAAUUCGUUUUCGGGCGUGGUUGAAGAAAGUAACCCCGAAGACGGAUUUCACGGUGCACCGUUAACCAGUCCCAUUUCUUGGAAUACAUGCAACUCUCCGUUGUAUAUGGUAUCAGAAUCCACACCACUGUACGCGAGUCCGAUCAUGCAGGACGCAGAGAUGGAUCCUUCGACCUUAAGGAUAAAUCCAGCUGUCACCUAUUCCAGUGAAUUGUACAAUCCGGGUCUGUUGGGUUCAUUACUCCAUCCACAUAGAUCGCCUCUCCACCAAGGUUUUAUUAGAGCGGUCACAUUUCCCGCACACGUUUUACAUAAUGUAUUAUAUCCUCGUACGUACCACCAUCAUCCUUUGUACCAUCAUCCUUUAUACCAUCAUCCAGUGUAUCAUCGUCCUGUGUAUCAUCAUCGCGGUAUCGUCAGAAGUAGUAACUUCCCAGAUAGUUCGGACGGAUCAGAUAAAAGCAUUAUUGGUCACCCAUGUGAAAAAAUUAAUGGUCCCAUUAUUUCCAACCCUCUAACCGCCAGAAAUAAUGCAGACAGACCUGCUGAACAAAAUGUUCUUGGCUUAACUGAUUCAUCACAAAUUCAACCAGAAGCAUCCAUCAGACACCCACAAAUUCCAUUUUACCCACCAACAGAAUAUCAGAAUUUCCCAUAUCAAUACGUUCCUUAUUAUAAUCCUUUGAUGAACAUGCUUCAUCCUGUACCUAAUGGCUAUUUUCUUCAAACUGUAUCACCCUAUGUACAAAGUAGAGACCCACUGAUUUCUGCAAGUAAUCCACACUCUUUCUGCGAGAAUAACGUAAAUACUGAACAGAAAAGUGGAGUUUUAACUGCUGAUAAAACUGUUCGUUCAAAAGAUGAAACAAAAAAAUCUGAUGGUACAGCUAGAAACAAUAUUCCUAAAGAGAAGAAAAAUGAAAUCGAGAAAAAUGAAAUCAAUAAAUCAUAAGCAAAAUAAAUUAAACAUUGUAUAUAAUAUUGUACGUAUUUAAACUAGCACUACUUACAAAAUGUAAACUUAAAUUAAUUUUUAAUAUUGUCAUAUUUAUACAACAAACAGCAAUAUUAUUAAAUUUUUUUUUUAAUAAACUGUGUUAAUUUGA